AUGGGUCCUGGAAGGCGUAUGAAGAAGCAGGGUCCUCCUGCGACCCUUGAACAGCUUGGCCUAGCAUCGAAGUCCAAGCGGAAAAAUGUAGACGCCGCCGCUCAAGACGGCCCCACGAGGAAGCGCAAGAAGACCACAGACGAGCCCACCGAGGUUGCAGAGCCCAAGAAGCUGGUCAAACUUGACCGUAAGAUCAGGCAAGAUAUCGAUGAGAGCGUUGCGAAAAAGCCCAAGAAAGCGAAAAAGCAGUUCGUGAACAAUGAUGCGCAGAUUACGGUGCCUCCCCCGAUGCUCAUAGAGGGUUUCGAAGAUGAGGACGACGAAGAUGCGCCUGAGCUGGUGGAUGGCGAUCUUAGUGAUGCAAACUUUUCGCAAGAGGAGGAUGAAGAAGUGGACGAGAUGGCUCUCGAGGAUGUCUCCUCAGGCUCGGGUACAGGAUCAGACUCGGUGUUCGACUCAGACGACCCGGAUGCGGGCCAGCAAAAGCGUGGAGCCAUGUUCUCCGAUGACGAAGAUGCCUCCGACGCCGAAGCACAACUCACAGCGGCCAACAUUGAAGGCCUCUCCCGGAAGCUGGACCAAGAGCAAGCAGAUCUCGAGGCGGACGCCCAGGCUGAGCUACAAGACAAUGCGCUACAAACAAACAUCGCGGCAGACUCAGACUUGCUUGACACUGCCGGUGCCACCACAAAUCUAGCACCCGAUCUAGCCCUCAUUCGCAACCGGAUCACAGAAGCAAUUCGGAUCCUCAGCAACUUCUCGACUAGCAACCCUACUAAAUCUCGCUCUGAAUACACCGACCUGCUCAUCUCCGACAUCUGUACCUACUACGGCUACAACGAAUUCCUUGCCAACAAGCUUUUCUCUCUCUUCUCCCCGUCUGAAGCCUUCGCAUUCUUCGAAGCCAACGAGACACCACGACCCAUCGUCCUGCGUACAAAUAUGCUCCGCACAAAUCGACGCACCCUCGCACAAUCUCUCAUCAAUCGGGGAGUUGUCCUCCAACCUGUCGGCAAGUGGUCCAAGGUCGGCCUUCAAAUCUUCGAGGCACCCGUCCCUCUAGGUGCCACUCCCGAAUACCUAGCAGGCCACUACAUCCUCCAAGCCGCCUCCUCCUUCCUGCCCGUCAUGGCGCUGGCCCCACAGCCCAACGAGCGGGUACUCGACAUGGCCGCCGCGCCCGGCGGUAAGACCACCUACAUCUCGGCACUCAUGCGCAAUACAGGUGCUGUCUUCGCCAACGAUGCGAAUCGCAAGCGCGCCAAGGGUCUCAUUGGCAACAUUCACCGCUUGGGCUGCAAGAACGUCAUCGUGUGCAACUACGACGCGCAGAAGGCGUUCCCCAAGAUCCUCGGCGGCUUCGAUCGCAUCCUGCUGGAUGCGCCCUGCUCCGGCACGGGCGUCAUUGGCAAGGACCCCAGCGUCAAGACGAGCAAGAACGAGCGCGACUUUCUGAUGCUGCCGCACAUGCAGAAGCAACUGCUGCUCGCUGCCAUUGACUCGGUCGAUCACGCCAGCAAAACCGGCGGCUACGUCGUCUACUCCACCUGCUCCGUCACGGUGGACGAAAACGAGAGCGUCGUGCAGUACGUACUGCGCAAACGUCCCAACGUCAAGAUCGUCGAGACGGGAUUGCCCGAGGGCUUUGGCACCGAGGCUUUCAAGGCCUUCGAGGGCAAAAAGUUCGAUGAGCACAUGAAUUGGGCCAGGCGGUGGUACCCGCAUAAGGAAAAUGUCGAUGGCUUCUUUGUCUGCAAGCUCCGUAAAGUGGGCCCGUCACCGAAGGGCGCAGGUGUGGCGGGAGCUGCGGACGUGAAUGGCGAAGCAUCUGUGGCGAUCAACGGUGUUAGCAAGAGGGCAAAGGGCACCAGCAGCGCAGAGGAAUCCGCGACAGACACCAAGGACGACGACGAUGAGUUCGGCGGCUUCGACGACGAGGCAGACGAGCAGGUCAUGCAGCGUGAGGAGCGAAAACGCUUGAGGCGUAAGGGCCUUGAUCCCCGGACCGUGGGCUUCAAGGCCAGCGGCAAGGCGAAGACGAAGUCGAAGUCAGGCAGCGGAACUGAAGAGAAAUCCCGUACAAACGGCGGCACGAAUGGCGUAGCAACGACAGUGGACAAGGCGGAGAAGAAGUCACUGCCAGAAAAGGCUAACGGUGAAGCAAGCGCCGCGGAGGUGGAUCUGUCCAAGGUCAGCGGUUCCACGACGUUGGAGAAGAAGGCGCGGGCAGGCCAGGUGGUGAGCGAAAAGCCCAAGGAGACGAAGCUGAAGAGCAAAAACAAGGACAAGACGGAGACGACGAAAAGGGGAAAGAAGGGCCCGGCGCCUGCGUCCGGGGCGUGA